CCCGUGCCGCCGGCCGUCGCGCCCGUCGCGCCGCCUCCUAGGGUCCCGCGCGCGAUGAGCGAGCAGCGCGACCGGUCCUCGGACUUCGAGCCGCUGCGUUUUUUGGGGAAAGGGACGUUCGGCGCCGUGGUCUUAGUGAGGAGGCGGUCUAGGCUGGACGCGCCGGGCGAAGGGAGGAGGUACGCCAUGAAAGUGCUGCUCAAAAGGAAGCUCGGCGAGAAGAGUCGGAGGGAGAUGGCCAUGGUCGAGCGCGAGAUCCUGCGGACCGUGCGGCACCCGUUUUUGGUGUCGUUGGCUUGUUCCUUCCAGUCCAAAACGAGAUUGUAUUUGGUGACUCCGUAUUUCUGUGGAGGGGAUUUAGAUGCCCGCUUGAAAGAAAGGAAGACAUUAGUUGCCGGCGAAGCGCGAGCACACAUCGCGCGACUCUCGCUCGCCGUGGACUUCCUCCAUCGAUCCGGCGUGAUUCAUAGAGAUAUCAAGGGCGCCAAUGUUUUAUUAGAUGCGGGCGGCCGCGCGCACCUGGCAGAUUUCGGCCUGGCCGCCUACUGCGACGACGCUUCUAGAGGUAGGAAGCUCUCCUUCGCCGGCACGCUGGACUACAUGGCUCCUGAAUUAUUCUUGAAAUCCGUGCGGACGUACGAUGGUUCUGUAGACUACUGGUCGCUUGGUGUUUUAGCGUAUCAAUGCCUCGUUGGCGUGACACCGUUUCAUGGGAAGACCGCUCGAGAAUUGUUUACAAAUAUCUUGAAGAGCGAGCCGGACAUGGAACCUGUGCUAGAAGAUGCAAGAGACGGCGUGCGAGCUCUACUGGCAAAGAACCCGCAAGAGCGAGACAGACUGCAUAGCAUGAGAAGGCGGCCCUUCUUCGGCGAGGCGAUCCAGGUCUGGCGCCGCGUGGCCGACGCCGACGACCCCCUGGCCCAGUCGACGAUUCCUGAUCCGAGUACGCCCGAGGCGGCCAUUCCCGAUAAGGACUUCGACCGAUAUUUCUCGCACGACGGCGAGCGGCAGCCAGAUCUGCGGGCGGACUUAUUUGCGGGCUAUGCGUACCGAGCACCCGAUCAAAGAGGAGAUGCGACGUCGCCGAUGAUCCUGCGACCGCCGCCGCGGCGGAAGCACCCCUUACUAGACCAGGCGUCGAUGACCUCGGAUGGCUCGUCCAUGGUGAGCGUGACCGUGUCGCGCGACUCGCGCGACUCUCUGAGCCUGUCCGCUUCUGGUUCCGGUGUUUCCAGUCGCAGCGGCUCGAACUCGCUGUCGUCGUCCGCCUCGGACCGGUCAGUGAAAAGGGGCCACCGGCGAACGACCAGUAGAGCCAUGGGCUCGAUCAUCGCCAUGUCGCGAACCCUCUCUCAAACCUCUCUCAAAAUAAAAAACGCCGCGAAGGCCGCGAAGAAGACGAUGAGCGUCCGCCGCAGCCGGGACAAGUCGCCGGCGCCGCUGUGAUACCGCCCCGACUACUAUGGUCGGGGUGGGGAUGAAUAAAGACCCCCCUUGUGUUGAAUU